AAUCCGGUGCUGCCUUUCCCGCCGGUCUGUCCUCAGUCGCUCUGCCCCCGUUUUUACCUCGAGCGAUUGUCCUCUUCCCGCGACGUUUGUGAUAAAGUUACUGGAAGUUUCCUCCGGUUGACAGUUCCCUCCAUCCCAGCUCCUGAAGUACAGAGAAAAGUGACGGUCAGAACCUCUGGUCUCUGAAUCGCGAUGGACUCAUUGUCAUGUCACAUUGGUGCCGUUACCAAGGAGACGGGGCGGCAGAGUCUGAGUCCUUGGGGGUGACCACACGGCAUUUACGGAAAUGCCGUGUGGAUCUUUGUUCCGGGAUAGAUAGCACAGGAAAAAGAAGUUGAAAACUGAGAAAUUUUUAAAAUAUGAGCCGGGGCAGGCGGGGGGGGGGGGGUGUGUGUGUGAAUGAAUGACGUUUUUUUUCCAGAUUAAUAUAUAAAGUGUUUUGUUCCUCCUCAGAGGGGAGCCCGGUGCGGGGCCCUUUGCUGUACUCUGUGGGGUGCACGUGGGUUCCUGUUAUGCCGAGCCUUUGGGCCGGUUUUGGACGGAAGAUUCCUUAGGCGACAGGGCGAUCGUUCCCUUGGUCGGGGGCAGAAGGCAAAGCUGAGCCCGCAGAAGCCGCAGACGUACAGCAAGUCCUCGCUGAGCGUGGCUGUGGAUGGUGUGGCACUGUGGUGACAUGACAUACGGUGAAGCCGGUUUUGCCACAGGCAACCUGGUGGCGAGUUAAGUUCCCGUGGCGUCUCAUUGCCGUGUAACAAAAUGACCCUGAAUGCUCAGUGUGGCUCUAAGUGCUGCGAUGUUACUCGUAGCUUUCCCGCCUCGCAGAGGCCUGAGGUCGCAUGGGGAGGGAGUGAAGGGAGUCGUCAUGGCACCAAAGUUAGAAGGAAAUAACGUGGACAAUUGUGAAUCAAGGCUGGUCCUAAAGCAAAGCCGUCAUGACAGGAAUAGUUACCGUUUCAGCUAAAAACAUAAGUAAACGCCCCUAGAAGCAGCCACUGUUGCAGCCGCUUGUGAAAAAGGAGGAGGGUCCCGUGAACCGUGGACGCGAGGAGAGAAGGUGCCCCCGGUGUGCUGGCAGUGUCUCCCACACCGGCCGGCCUUCCCUUGAGUGAGGGCAGACGGGUGGGUGGUUUGUUUAAUCGGGACGUUAAAGAACAUUCACCACCCCCCCCCAUGUGCUCCCCAAGCACCAUCUUCCCGCAGCCGCGGGCGGCGGCGAAGGGAAUCGAUUCCCAGCCCCUUUCCCAAGUGGACGUGAACUCCUCCUGGGCCCGUGGCCACCCCGGGAGGGACAGGGAAGGCAGGCCUUGCUCGUCGACGCGAGGGAUCAUCCGGGACCUCUUCCCACCAGGGUCCUGUCGGCGGCCAGGUCACCUUGCAGGUCCCUCCCACAGGCCUGAGCCCGGACGCCGGGCAGACACAGCACCUUCCCAGCAAGUCAGAGGCCGGAGAGCAACAGCUCUGCCGUUCACUAAUACUGUGCACGUUCAGCGCGGGGACUGUGUGGAGAAUGUAAAUAAAUUCUACGAGUCCACGUAGGAAUUGUCGAGAAGAAAAAAUAAAUCUCCUUUGUCACUUGACGCCCACCCCACACGACCGAGGUGAGCCCCACCGCACAGCACGUGUUCGUGGGCCGAGAGCUCCUCUGGAUCGGAGACGGCGCGGUUUUCAGACGACUGGCCGGAUUUUCCUUCGUAGAGACUGGGCGAGGGUCUGCUUCCUAAAAAUCCUAAAAUCCCAGGACGGAGCAUCAGUGACAACGUCCCUGUGAAAUGAACAAAAUCAAUGCCGGUUUCACGCGAAGAGCGUGUCCCCGAGUUGGUUUUCAGUGUUUUUGUCUUAGACACGCGCCGCUUUUGCCCUACAGCACAGCCGAGACGGGCGACAAGAAUAUGCGCGACUAGAAGGAAAGCGGCCGAGGCCGGUAAACGUCAUUUCAGGUUUCGGCACAAAGUGUGGAGGAGCGUUUCCAUUUAUAAACAGUUUGUAUAAAAGUUAUUGUUCUUGGGGGGGGGGCAAUCGGAGGAAAAGGAGAUAUUGUCAUACUUUAAACAAUUUUAAAAAACAAUGUAAAAAGAAAAAGUUCUCCAGUGACUGUCGUCACAGCCUGCAGAAAAGGCGAGAUUCGUAAUUCCCAGAAACUGGAAGAAAACCUCUAAAUGGGCUUUUAGACGCAAAUGAUCAGAUGCAGAAUUUUGAGACAACUUUCUUUUUUAAUCCUCACUCAAGGAUAUUUUCCCAUUGCUUUUUAGAGAGAGUGGAAGGGCGGGGAGGGGGGCAGAGAGAGAGAGAGAAUGAAUGUGAGAGAGAGACAUCAGUUGGUUGCCUUCAACCUGCAAACCCAGGUACGUGCCCUUGGCUGGAAUCGAACCCGAGACCCUUCAGUGCGCGGGAUGACGCCCCAACCAGCGGAGCCACACUGGCCAGGGCCGCCCCGUUUUCCUGAAAGUCACUGUUGCUUCUGCUUUCUAUUAAGUUUCAGGGUAACUUGACAGUUGGACAAAACGGGACACUAUUCCGGCCUCAUGGAUUCUUUAUCUGCCACCUAAUACGAUGAAAAUCCUUGAUUCUGCACAAUCGUGCCCUAAAAAUUAGAAGCCUCAUGGGGGGAGGGGGGGAAUGAGUUUGGAACUUUGAAACCUGAGCAGGAAUGAGAACAAGGAUCCUAAAUGUCUACCAGCAGCCGCCUUGAGAAUUAGCGGGUCGGUCACAGCAGCCGUCAGCUUUUGGGGGCGCCGUUUCUUCUGAGCUGUAGAUCCGUGAAACCAACUGCUUUUAAUAGCAACCGUUUCCGUCAACAUUAAAAGGACGUAGCGGUGUCUCCCUCAGCAGCCGGCGUUGUCUGUCUCCUCACCAGGCGAAACGGCUUCAUGGCUCACCCGCACUCAGCCUCACAGUGAAAAGGGUGCCGUGCGUGUGGGCCUGGGAGAACUCACGCUGGGACAUGCUGACCACAGGCUUCCAGGCAGCCGAGCCCCACUAGACCCCACGGAAACCGUGGCUCUGGCUGCGCCUCAACAUGAGCAGCCCACAGCCGGCCGCCCGAGGAGGACUGUCGGAGGUGGAGAUCAUCUCCCAGCAAGGGGACGAGGAGACCAAGAGCAUCACUGCGGGGCAGCUGGCGAGCUUUGCGUAUCGGGACUUGCCCCUGGCCCCCGUCGACCUCUCCGCGGCGGGCUCGCAGCUCCUGUCAAAUCUGGACGAAGAUUACCAAAGAGAAGGGUCCACCUGGCUGAGGCCGUGCUGCGGGAAGAGGGCGGCCGUGUGGCAGGUAUUUUUGCUCAGUGCCCGUCUCAACUGUGUCCUGGUAGCCUGUGUAGUGUUGGUGGUGACUCUCCUGACUCUGGAGCUGCUAAUAGACAUAAAGCUCCUCCAGUUUUCCAGCGCCUUCCAGUUCGCCGGCGUCAUUCACUGGAUCAGCCUGGCCAUCCUGUCCGUGUUCUUCUCCGAGACCGUCCUCCGCAUUGUGGUGCUGGGGAUCUGGGACUACAUCGAGAACAAGAUCGAGGUGUUUGACGGGGCCGUGAUCGUCCUGUCCUUGGCCCCGAUGGUGGCGUCCACUGUGGCCAACGGGCCCCGGAGCCCCUGGGACGCCAUCAGCCUCAUCAUCCUGCUCCGCAUCUGGCGGGUGAAGAGGGUCAUCGAUGCUUACGUCCUGCCCGUGAAGGUGGAGCUGGAGCUGGUCAUCCAGCAGUACGAGAAGGCCAAGGUCGUCCAGGACGAGCAGCUGGAGAGGCUGACGCAGAUCUGCCAGGAGCAGGGGUUUGAGAUCCGGCAGCUGCGGGCGCACCUGGCCCAGCAGGACCUGGACCUGGCCGCGGAGCGGGAGGAGGCGCUGAGGGCGCCACAGGUGCUGCGGCCGCGCAGCCGCUACCACGUGGUGGAGGACACGGCGACUGAGGGCGACGCGGAGCCGCUGCAGCCCUCGCCAGACAGCGGCGUCCCGGAUCCGGCCGUGUGUGUGGUCACCACGGCUGCCAUAGACAUCCACCGGCCGGACGUCUCCUCGGACCUCUUCUCGGUGGACGCGCCCCUGAAGCUCAGCAGCAAGGGCGGCUGGGUGAGCUCCGCCUCCGCCUCCGAGAGCGCGUCCUGCUCCACUGGCAGCUCCGUCACCGGGGCCCAGAGCGACAGCAGCCAGACCCUGUGCUCCUCCCGCGCCUGCAGCACGGCCCGCCCCGCGCCCCUGCCCCUGUCACCGCCACCCCAGCCGCCCGUGGCGGAGACCACCGUCCAGGACCUGCUGUCCUCCCUGUCAGACGACCCCUGCCCGUCCCAGGGGGCCUGGGACCCAGCCCCCUUUGCCCAGCCCAGCCCCGCGGGCUCCCCCCAGACCAGCCCCGAGCUGGCGCACAGGGUCAGUCUGCUCAACCGCAAGAACCAGGAGGGCUUCCCCGUCCUGCAGCUCAAGCCCACCCUCCACUUCCAGGCCCCGACGCUGCACAGGUUCUCCUCGUUGGAAUCCAAAGAGCAGACGCUGCACAGGGUCCCGGAAGCCUAGCGCCCCGCCGGGCUGGGGGUGACGGGCAGACAGCCCGGGGCCCAGAGGCCACCCAGGGCCACACGAGGGACCCAGGAGCCCACCUGGCCGCUCGGGUGCCGCCUGCCUCCAGGGAGGGGACGCCAGGCCAGGAGGACACAGGCCUCAGACCUCACCGCCCAGAGCUGGUGCCUCCUCUGGCCGAUCAGGGGACGGGGGUGCUCGGCUGGGGUUUUAAACCAUUUUUACCGGAACCAGCCUGUGGCCCAGCCUCUGCCGUCGCCUUCGCUCCCGGCCCCUCGGGAGCAGCACUGUGAGCAGGGGCCCAGCCCCACCCACGCCCUCUCGUCCAGGCACCUGGGUGGAGCCGUCUCAGACGACCCCUGAGCCCACGUGGCUCCUCAUUCUCUCAUUUCCGCAUGAGCCUUUCUGAGUAUUUUUAAGACGAACCCUAGUUUCCACCCUCACAGGACGUAAGGGAUGAGUUUGGAGGUGGGUGGGCGUGUCCUGGGGAGGGACGCCAUUUUGCACACUCAGCUUUGUAAUAAAAGCAGCUGCACU